AUGCGAGUUCUUUUAUUAGGAGCAACCGGCACUCUAGGCUCCCGCAUCUUAUCAGCCCUCAUAAAAAGAGGCCACACAGUCUCUGUCUUCAUCCGAAACCCAUCAAAGCUCGCACCAGGUGUCCAAGACGAGAUCUUCAGUAUCGAGUGUGGAGACGCAACAAAGAGCUCCGAAAUCAAGGAGGCAGCUCUCCGCACCAAGUGCGAUGCUAUUGUAAACUCGGCUGGACUUGCGUCGGUCUCGCCGUGGGGUCGAAGUAGCCUACCUGAAAUCGUCGAUGCCGUUCUAUCGGCUGCGCAGGAAAUUGGUCGCGAGCGUGGAUCUCCUUUGAGGGUUUGGUUGCUUGCUGGUAUGGGUAUUUUGGAUAUUCCGACUCAGAAGUACAUGCUCGUGGAUUACAUUCAUGUCUUCCCAGAGCAUAUUCUGACGUGGGAGAAAGUUCAGGCCGUGCCGCGCGAGUUUGUUGCCUGGUCUGUCCUCGGUGCUGGAAUAAUGAAGCCCUCCAGUGCGAUCACUUAUCCGGUUCCGGAGGCUUCCUCUGUGGAAAACUUGCUGAUCUCUGCUCGCGUGCCGCCUGAAUAUUCGCUCAGGUUUCUUGGUGUGCCAUUGAUUGGAGGUUAUUUGAAUCUGUUAAGCCAGGUUCUGAACUACGGACCGACAACGCUUGAAGAUAAUGCUGAUCUUAUUGCAUAUGAUUUGUUGGAGGGAAUGGAUAGUCCGUGGAUAUUUCAAAAGGUUGGGGUGAAAGAGCGAAAGAAAUAA